AUGGAUCAAAAACCCCAAAAUAAUACCCAAAACAAAUCUUCUUCUUCUUCAUCAUCAUCAUCAUCAUCAUCAUCAUCAUCACAUUUCACAGAAUCUUCUGUCACAUCAUUAGCAGCUUCCAAAAAACGCCAUAUGGCCUGUGAACAGUGCCGCAAACGGAAACUCAAAUGUAGUGGUACAAAACCUCAAUGCUCUGCAUGCUCGCGUAAUGCCCGCGAUUGCGUUUAUCUCAAUUCCUUUAAAAAAAGUGGCCCUAAACCUGGCCAUCUCAAAAGCCUUGAAAAACGUUUGGAACUCAUGGAAUCACUCUUAAUAGCAAAUGGAAUCAAACUUAACCCUGAUGAUGAUGAUAAUAAUAAUACUUCUGAUGAUUUGGACUCUAAUAAUUGCCUAACUUUAACGGAUCAUCCCCAUCCCACCAUUCCGGCUUCCGAGCUUGAAUUUGAAAAAUUUGAAAAAUUUGAAAAAUUUGAAGACUCAAUCCCUUCAUCUUCAUUAGAAUCUAUAACAACAACACAAAAUAUUAUCAAAAAUGAUGUUUUUUCUGCUAAACAAUCUCAGCGUGCAAUCAGCCAUAAUAGUUAUACUGAUAGUUAUACUGAUAGUUAUACUAAUAGUAAUAACAAUAAACAUUUCGAUACAAACUCUCACAUCAAUAAAUCCCUACAUUUCACCAAUGGAUCCGUCGACUCUUUUACUCACUUUGAAUACAAGUCGGCCAGAAUUUCCACCGGAAAUGAUACUGAAAUCUACCACAAUAUGGAAUUCCAACUUAUCCCCAUCAACGUUGAUGAAGCAUACCCAAACGACGCAAUCACAUAUGAACUUCUCGAAAUUUAUUUCAACCGUAUCCACCCCCAUUACUGCAUCAUUAAUAAAUCUCGCUUUUAUACUUCUCUUGCUGCAGGCCAUACUAAACGUCCUAAACCAUUUCUUUUCUAUGCAAUUUUACUUGUUUCUGCUUCAAUUAGCGAAAAAUUCACUGCUCUUGAAAAGGAAUUUUAUGCUCGUUGCAUCAAAUAUGUUGAUCGGGCUGAAAAAUCAGGGUUUGGAGAAGAUAUCAUCAAUAUCCAAUAUGUACAAUCUUUAGUUCUUUUGUGCAUUUAUGAACAUAGAUGUGGGUCCUUUGCUCGAGCUUGGAUUUAUACUGGGAAAGCAACAAGAGCAGUUCAUAUGAACAAUACCCAUGAUAUCGAUUCUCAGCUAGGCUCCAGAUUUACUGGCCUUUUCCCCUCAAAUGAAAUCGGGAACAAGCUCGGAGAAGUUGAUUUGGACGAAGCUCGUCGAGUACUUUGGAUCGUAUACAUUCUUGACAAUUAUGGCUCAGUGGCUACGGGCUGGCCUGUAUCCAUAAAUUUCGAAGAAAUCUCCACUUUAAUCCCUCUGGAUGACGUUGAAGAAGUCCAAGAUGGUAGGAAAAAUACUUCUUUAGCAUCAAUGAACGACAUUUUACGGUCCCCUGAAAGAUACCUAAAUGGUAUGCGAUCCUUCACUGCUUUUAACGUUGUUCUCAUCCAUCUUUUAUUUCGUGCAUUUCGUCUCAUGACUGAAACCCCUCAACAUGACGACUUUUCUAAAACUGGGUAUUGGUGGUCUAAACAUAACAAUGUUCAACUCCAAAUUGAUAGACUAUCACGAAUACUUCCAAGUUAUGACCAGUCAUCUCCACACAUCAACUCCAUUAUUUGUCUUCAUAUCCUUCAUAAAAUGUGCUACCUUUCUUUGUACCGUGCAGCUGUUGUUCGUCUUAAGACUCUCGGUGGCCCAUAUGAAACUGAAGCUUUUGAAGAGUUGUGCUUCAAAGCAACAACUGAUCUUACAAUGUCUCUAAGAUUUUCCACAAAUCUUUAUGAUGUCAUUGAGCACCCGGGCCCCCUAUUUUGCAUUUAUACAGCUGCUAGAAGUUUUCUCACUUUUAUCGAAGACAAAACAUCUCCCUCGUACUCCAUCAGUGAUGAGAAAAGAGAAAAGGAUAAAUUUAUGAUUUUGCGUUGCAAAAACUACCUCGACUUUUUAUUAACUGUGUUUAACAUUCUGCGCCCCCGCAUGUUUCUCGCAGAAUGCUUUUACGACAAAAUUUACAAUGAUUUGAUCCAUGCACACAUUGGAAGACCCCCAGAUAUGCCCAAACCUGCUAGAUCACAGACCAAGUGCCCCAUGAACCCCACUUCCAAGUCUGGUCCGGCUGCUUUACGAGUCCAAGUGAUUCACGAAGAAGAAAAGACUAAACAACAACUACAACAACAACAACAACAGCAACAACAAGCAGAGACCAAAACUCAAUCACUAAGGUCCUUUUGGGGGGCCGUAAAUACCCUUCUUAAUAAUGAAAAGUCAACUGAAGGAGUCGACCAACAAUCUCCUGCAUCAGAAUCGUCUUCUUUGAUUGAAGUAACCUCAUCUUUUUGUACGAGCUCCUCUUCGUCGUCAUCAACAUCUGCGGGUAACGCCCGUUCUCCAGCAACUGCCAACCGUGUAAUGAAACAAAAUGACUUGUUUACAAAACAUUGCACAGGAAUCCAGCAAGAGUUUGGCAAAACAUACACAAUAUAUAAAUCCGAUUUAAGUGACUUGCCUUGUUCCUCUUCAUCUCCCUCCCCUGGCUCUUUGCAACCAAUCAUAAGCAUUCAGCCUGAAACUCCCAGCACAAUUUUACCUACGUUUCAUCCACCUCCAGCAGAGCCUUCCCCAAUUACUAUGAGCACAGCAUUCAUGGGUUCUUCGCCUCUCGUAUCAAGUACUGUUUCUUCGGUACGUGUCAGUAGCGGUACCACCCCUUCAAGCACCACUUGUUGUUCUUCUUCUUCUUCUUUAACUGUUAGUUCGACUCCUUCCUCAAUUCCCACUCAACCAUUUUCAAACGUUACUACAGAUAAUACUAUCAACCCCUUACCAAAUUUUCAGUCCCCUGGAUUGCCCAAUGCUACACCUCCACCACCUCCUCUUCAACCAUCAACUUCUCCUUUGCCUUCACAAGUGACAGUAUUCCCCAGGGGAUCGCCUUUGCCUCAGGACCCCAGCUCUAGUUCUGGCUCUGGUCCUUCUAUGGUUGCUACAACUUGUCAAGCACAACAAACACAUGCACUAACUCAGGCACAGGCACAAGCCCAGGUGCAAGCGCAGGCGCUGGUGCCACCACCACCACCACUAUCUCAAUCGCCGGUAGUAAUUAUUAAUGCGACAGGCCCUGAGGUUGGGGUUGUUGGUACACCACAAGAUUUGGGAAUCCAACAACCGCAACCUCACAAGUACCCAGACUAUCUGGACUGGAACUCAGAAAUGAACUUUGAGACUAUUAUCCAGGAAAUCCUCGGUAGUAAUGGCCAACAGAAACCGUUACCGGUGCCACAAGAGGACAUGCCAAUGGCCACACACUCGGUGCUUAUGUCGCGAGACGGAUCUCACCCAAACAUGGGCUCACAAGAUUAUCGUAAAUUAUUUUAA